AUGUCCUACUUCACUGACACUCUUCCCGGUCACUUGCCUCAUCAGCUGGGUUCAGUGGGCUGCAAAGCCAAAUGUACGUCGUGCUCCACCGGUUCAAGUAAGAUGCCAUGUUUAACGCCACUCGGCUUCAGGGCUUUCUCAGGAACCAAACGCACAGGCAAGGAGCUAUGCAACGUGCUAAGCAAAAUGCUAGGCAAAAAUGGCAUUUUCCGCGAACUUUAUUCAUAUCUUUCAUGCCUUGUUGGUGGCACGCCUAAAACGUUUGCUGACGUGUUUUCGUUUUAUUAUCAACUUACAAAUAAGUGGAAGACAAUGUCGUCGAUUGGCCAACCAUCAGAUCCUAUGCAAAAUGCCAUUUGUAAAGAAAUACAAAAUACUGUGUCCUGUGAAUAUACUGAUGCCGUGGCACUUCUCGAUCCGUGUUGCAAUCUGUAUAAGCGCUCGUCUCAUGAUCAACAUGAUCCUGAUGACAACGAGCGUGAUCUCAAAUACCUACUUGGUUGUAAUGACCAAAAUUGCGGCAGUUUCAUACAACCACUCAACUCUACUGCUUACACCACGUUAUCACCAAAACACGCAGGUAAAUAUCUUAUAUGGUUGGUCCACGUUUGUCCACAAAUUCAGACAUUUCUCGAGCAAAUUAAGAAAGCAUUCUGUGGCAUAUCAUGUUAUGACUCGGGUUGCGGAGGAUGCCUUAACAGUAAUGACUGCCGAGUGGGUAAGCACGGCAGCAAUCCCUGUGGUUGCGGCUCAAUUACAAAGUGUCGAGGCGUUUUGCCUCUUCUUUAUGAGUACGGGUUCACGUAUAGUGAAGAUGCCUACAGGCGCACGAAGAAGUGUAACAAUUUCUGUAAAGCCCUUGAUGAUAUAUUAAAUUCCAAAUUACUGGGAGACUUCCUCACCGCAAUCGAUGAUUUCUUCUUAGCAGUAAGAAAGAAAUUCAUAUGGACUCUCGUAGCCCUCUGGUCCCUCUCUUUGCUCUACCUGCUGCACAUCGCCGUCGUCCGCCUCGACGUGCUCCGCAUACGCUCCCACCUGCGCUCACCCGCAAGCCACCGCAUCGCCGCACAGUCGCUACUCGCCGCCGCACGCGUCAGGGCACUCGCCAACGUCAAGUACUUCUCACCAUAA